ACUGGGACAGGGACGAACAAUAAUACGGCCGUGGGGGGACGGGGACGGCUCCGCAAAAUGGUCGCACCUGGCCCACGCCCACUAUCCCAGGCCCCAGACCCCGAACGCGCGCCUGGAGCUGGUGCUGGCUCAGGGACUCGAGGUGUGAAGCUGCCUGCCUGCCUGCCGCUAUAAAACACGCCUGCGCUCCCCACAGGCCGCAGCUCGCUUGCUGGCCUUGUUGCCUGCCCACCUUGUGCCAGAAAACACACGGCCGCCACCCCCCCCCCCCCCCCCCCCCACCCCGCGCCACCACCCAGUUCUUCGAUCCCAUUCCAAGCGCGCGCAGCAGCAGCAGCAGCGCCAGCAUGGGUCGGGCGCCGUGCUGCGACAAGACGAGUGUGAAGCGGGGGCCGUGGUCGCCCGAGGAGGACGACCUGCUGCGCAGCUACGUCCAGAACCACGGCACGGGCGGCAACUGGAUCGCGCUCCCGCACAAAGCAGGGCUCAACCGGUGCGGCAAGAGCUGCCGGCUGCGGUGGCUCAACUACCUGCGCCCCGACAUCAAGCACGGCGGCUACACGGAGCAGGAGGACCGGGUCAUCUGCUCCCUCUACAGCUCCAUCGGGAGCAGGUGGUCCAUCAUCGCGUCCAAGCUGCCCGGGCGGACGGACAACGACGUCAAGAACUACUGGAACACCAAGCUCAAGAAGAAGGCGAUCGCCAUGCAGCAGCAGCAGCAGCAGCAGCAAGAGUACUACCAGCAGCAGCACAGCUCAGGAGGCCGCGGCCGCCGCGCCGCCGCCGCCGCCGCCGCUCCCCGAAGCCAAUGCGCCUCCGUGCAGCCGUCGCCCGCGUCCGCCUCGUCCGCCGUCACCACCGCGAGCGCCAGCGACGCGUGCAGCUUCGGGGCCAUGUACCCCUCCCCGUCGGCGCUGCAGGCCGCUCCGGUGCUCGCGCGCUACGACAGCACGGCGGCGGCGCCAGCACCACUGUCUCUGCCGCAGCAGGCGUCUUCGCUCGCCGCCGAGUUCGUCCCUCCCGCGCCACCACCCGUCGGCGCCAGCUGGGCCGGCGGGCUGCCCCUCGACGACAUGUUCCUGCCCGAGCUCCUCGGGGACAGCGAGUUCCCGCCCGGCGACGGCGACUUCUUCGGCGCCGGGGCCGGGGCCGGGCUCCUCGCCCCGCUGCUGCUGCAGGACAGAUUUCCAGCGGCGUCCCUGCAGGAGCUCUCCGCGUGCUACUUCCCCAACGCGCCGGCCGAGAUGUGGGCGGCCGCGGACCACGCCCAUGCCAAGCCGCCGGCCGGCCUCUGCCACAGCCUGACAUGACCGCGGAGACAACACUGGCGCGCGCUCGAUCCGUCUUGCUAGCUAGCUAGUCAUCCUUGGCUCUCUCGAUCCCUGUCCUGUCCAUCGUCGAUACGCAUGCGCUCUCUCUAUAUAUGGGUGAGGUCAUCACAUGUACAUUAUCACUUUCCAUAUGGCCUGCGAUGCGACUAGCUAGCAUCAUGCAUAUCAUAGAAACAUUACUAGAUGUGGAUCGCCAUUGCUUUGUUUGGCUUCUCUUCUGCGUGCGUACGUACACGAACACGAUUACACGACCACUGGACUGGACAGCCAGUCACUGUGUGCAAAAAUAUUCUUCA